AUGGAUUCUUCUCACAACGCUUGGGCCUCUUCAACCUCUGUCCCUCCAACUGUCCGUCGUACCAAAAAAAAAAGUUCAACCACUGCCGACAACAGCCAAGCAGCGCUUAUUGAGAAACUUGCCCGGGAGAUCAAAACCCUCAAAACCAACCUCAACUUGAAAAAGUCCGCCUCGAAGUCAAAGGGCAAGUCUCCUGCAAACUCUGCCGCCCAUGAUUCCGGCCCGUCCUCCAGCUCUGCCCCGGCUGCCAAGACAAAGGCCCCAGCGCCAACGACCCCAAAAAGAAACCAGCGAGCCACUUCGGCCCCGUUCAAAUUCAUGGGGCCGCCGAAACCCCGCAAGUCAAUUCCUGAGACACCUGCCGCCAAACCUUCCCCCAAGAGACACCCUCAACAAAUGCAAACGGGCGACUUUCCUGCAGCCUUCGGACCAACUAAGACUGCAUUAUUUGUACACAUCAAGAUUCUCUGGGACCUCCUCAAGCAGGACUUGGUUCCUCGGCCCCCCGAAUUAAGCACCCUGGAAGGAUUUUACCGACGCUUCAGACGAGCCGAGCAGAUCGAAGAGGCCGUCCGAUCUGGCUCUGCAAGCCGAGACGUUACCCAAGUCCUAUGCUUGAGAGAUGCUCAGGGUGGUCGCAUCCAAUACAGAAAAUUGAUCAUCCACCUCGGAAGCAAUUUUGUUUGCUAUGCUCAAGGAAUCUUGGCUCAGUUGGGCUUAAGUGUCUGGUGCCCCAACUUGGACGAAGACUCGGCUUCCCUCUACAAUGCAGCACAUCGAAUUGCUGCCCUGACGACAUUCACCAAGCUUGCAGCGACUCCAGCUUAUGCUUAUCUUAAAAUCAAUCCGGUCAUGGCUCAAGAUAUGACUCUACUCGUUCGUGCAUACAACCAUUUCGUCCAUUAUCUCCAGGCCGAAAAGUACAAAAAGGAAAUGAAGGAGGAAGGAAAGGUUGCUCAAGAAGCAAACAACAAGAAAUUUAACAAGAACCGCGAAAGAUUGAGGGACGCGCGCCGCGAUUUUGCAAUUCUCAACAAAUACCCAAAGCGCUAUCGUGAUAUCUUGGAGCCGAUCUCGGCCCACAGCAAUGACGAGAAAACCUUGCCCUACCGCUCAAACAACGCCAAUCGCUUCUUCCAACGAUUGGACAUUGUCAUGAUGAAGGCGGCGGAGCAAGAUCCUCUAGCGAAGUCAAGUCGGCGCCGGGUUCGUCGAUUACGAAGGGUGCCACAGGAGUCGUCUUACAAGGCUGCCCCGAAGGGCUUACCUAUUUAUUUCUACCACCCUACGUGGUUCAACGAUCUGGUCCCUGCCCAACAACACUCGAUCCCCGACAGGACCCGCAUCGCCUUCCUCCCCAAUUCAAGCGAGUCCUUACUCCCUAAAGCCAAGAGACACCCGGAUGAAAAUUCGGCCGACUCCACCUUCACCAAAAAAUAUUGGGAAGUUGUGGUCGAGCCGUAUGGCCUCUUGAACGUUGAAUCCUCUGAGGAAGAGGAGUUUGCGGCGGAGACUCAAGGAGCCGGACAAGACAAGGAAGGCGAGGGAAUCGACUUGACUCAGCCAAGCAAGGGUUCCGAUUCCGACAACAAGUAUCAUGUUGAGGGUGACGCUGGUGACCUUUAUGACGAGGAGGGGGAAGAUGACUCAUCUGUGGACCAAAGCAACAGGCAUGAAGACGAUGACAAGGAUGACGGCGAUGAUGAGGAUGACGACAAGUAUUAUGAUAAAGCUCAAGGCGGCGGUGGUCUUGACGGCGAUCACGCAAUGAACAAUAUCCCUGAGUGCAAGGAGGAAUGGUAA